AGAAGAAGAACACAUCGGCGUUUAAAUAAGUCGGUGAAAGGCAUAGACCGUAUAAAAAUAGGUGAAAGGGCAAUCCCAUUUUUUCAAAACAUGGCGUCGACUGUAAUGAGAAGGGUUUCAGCAUUUAAAGGUGAUCUGAGCAUGCCAUUAGGCUGUCUGCAUCAAAGGUUUAUAAGCUGUGGACCAAAGGUUUUGUUGCAAUCCAACCUUCCUCAAGCUGGAUUUUUCCCGCCCAAUGAAGGGGUGAUGUUGCUACCUGGUUCGUUCAAAAACAAAGUUGCCUUCAUAACCGGAGGUGGCACAGGUCUGGGGAAAGGAAUGACCACCACUCUUUCUACUCUGGGUGCCAAAUGCGUCAUUGCAAGCAGAAAAUUGGAUGUUUUAAAACAGACUGCAGAUGAAAUAUCAACCCAAACAGGAAAUGAGGUUUAUGCCGUGCAGUGUGACGUGAGGGACCCGUCAUCAGUGAAGGCAUGCGUCGAUGAGCUCGUCAAUGUUGCGGGCCUGCCCGAUGUUGUGAUCAACAACGCCGCUGGAAACUUCAUCUCCCCCACCGAGAAGCUGUCCGCCAAUGCCUGGAAAACCAUAACUGACAUUGUUCUCAACGGCACUGCCUACGUGACCCUGGAGGUUGGCAAACGGCUGAUCAAAGCAGAGAAAGGAGCAGCAUUCUUGGCCAUAACUACGAUCUAUGCGGAAACCGGCACAGGUUUUCUGGUGCCCAGCGCCUCGGCUAAAGCAGGAGUGGAGGCACUCUGCAAGUCCCUAGCAGCUGAGUGGGGGAGGUACGGCAUGCGAUUCAACAUCAUUCAACCAGGCCCAAUAAAGACUAAGGGCGCCUUCAGUCGGCUGGACCCGAUGGGCACGUUUGAGAAGUCUCUGAUGGGCCGGAUACCGACGGGGCGCCUGGGCACCCCCGGGGAAAUCGCCAACCUGGCGGCCUACCUCUGCAGCGACUACGCGUCCUGGGUCUCGGGAGCGACCAUUAGAAUGGAUGGUGGGGAGUACGUCUCAAUAGCUGGCGAGUUCAACGUCCUGAGAGAGGUCACAAACGAGCAGUGGACUGUGAUGGAAUCUAUGAUCAGGAAGACUAAGGGAUCCUAACGUCUGCCACAGGCAUUUGGCUGAAGGAAUGAUCUGUGCUGUAUGAAAGUAGAAACUUUUAUGUAGCCUGAAACUGUAGGCUGUAGUCGCCCCCCCCCCCCCCCCCCCCCUUAUGAAAUGUGAACCUGUUUGAACAUGCAGAUGCAGUGAUGUAAAAUAGCAGUGGAUUAAAAAACUGAGACAUUGUUUCAUAUGACAGGCUGUCUUCACUGCAUAAAAAUUACACCACAAUGUUUUAAAGACCUUAACAGUCCUUAAACUCUCUUGUAAUGUUACUCAGGAUUACACUGAUGGCAAUGAUGAGUUGCUGGAUGUCGGCUGUCAUGUGAGGAUUAACCUGUGGGAAUACAGAUUUUCUUUUAAAAUAUCCAUAUAUCUGACAGUCAUCUGAUGUGCUUCCUUCAAUAUCUGUAUAUCUGACAGUCAUCUGAUGUGCUUCCUUCAACCAUGUUAACUGUUUUACAUAAAUGCUGUGUGUUGCUUUGAAUACAAAUAUGAACAUCAACAGCAGAGAUGCACACUACAGCAAAUUCAUUAAUGUUACAAUCUUGAAGAUCGCCGUUUCGUUCUCUUUGGCAGUACCAAUGGCGAGAAGCGGUAAUUGCAGGUGUGUUUUUGCACCUCACUUCCCAGAGAUCCAACCGGAUCCAACCAGCAUCACCUUUAUGACAUACCUAUAGCCUACAUCAGGGAUCAUCAGCUCUGGCCCUCGAAUACAAAUCCAGCCCUGGUUUUCUUUUCUCCCGGGUAUUUAGUGCUACUGAUUGGCCAGACUGUCUGCACACCUGACUCCCAGGCAAAGGGAGGGUGGUAAAUUAGACAACCAGAUAGCCAACUAGAGACUGGAAAAAACUGUACGCCGCUCACACAACUGAGUGGAAGAGCGAGCGUCUACCCUCUCUGGCGGACCAACCACUGAUGGGUGAUGGAAAACGCGUCACUAACUGUGCGCCGCUUUCAAUUUUUUUCCCAGGAAUGUUGCCACAGACACCCAGUUCUUUAAUCAUAAAUUAUAAUAAUAAUAAUAUAAAUUAAUAUAAUGGGCUCAAUCACCAUUGUGUUACCUAAUUCGCCAAUAGAUAGUGACUUAACAGACAUUUAUUAAUGAAAAUCUUUGAGAUGAUUACUUUAAAACCAUUACAGACCGGUUCUUAUUAUUUUAGUAAAUAGUGUUUUGACUUUAUUUUAUUUAAUUCAUGUAGGCUCUCUGGAUUUAAUUCUACUGUACGAGUGAAAAUGGCAGAAUCAGAUUGUCCAUAAAGAUCUGUAUGAUAAGCAAAUAACCUGUUGUUGGUGUGUCAAUUGAGAUUCUUAAUGAUAAUCGCUGCAUGCAUGCAAGGUCACUUCUGAUGCUAUUAUAUUGGUGACAAGUGUAAUAGAAAUGGUUGCGGCAUAGGCUGCAUGACAGAUGGAACAAAGGUACAAACCAUAUCAAGCGGAAGCGAGUGUGUCUCCAUCUGUUCAUUGUCAAAUGGUGCUAGUCUUGGCACAACAUGCGAGUAGUGACCCGAACAGGCGGACAUCAAUCAAUCACUGGAUGUAGGUGCUUGCACUCAGCAUGUUGUGCAACAUUAUUGCUUGAAGGUGACCAGAUAAGUCAGAAUUCACUACUGUACACUACAUUGAACUAU